ACUACGGAUUCCCAACCCUUCUUCCUCCAAAAUCCAAUUUUGCCAAAAAACCAAUUUAAGUUUAUUUGGUCUAAUUCCAAUGGAUAAGCUCCCAAAAUGUCAAGCAAAUUAUGUGCCCCUUACUCCCCUAACCUUCUUGAAAAGGGCUGCCGCUGUUUACGCUGACCGCCCUUCUCUUAUAUACGAGGCCACUCGUUUCACCUGGCAACAUACUUAUCUCCGCUGCUGCCGCCUCGCAUCCGCCCUCCUAUCUCUCAACAUCCUCAAGAAUGACGUUGUGUCGGUGCUGGCUCCUAAUAUUCCAGCCAUGUACGAGAUGCACUUUGCAGUGCCGAUGGCUGGAGCUGUACUGAAUACCAUUAACACCCGGCUCGAUUCUAAAACUAUAGCCACCAUUCUCCGCCACUCUGAGGCCAAGGUCUUCUUUGUAGACUACGAAUUUGUACCACUGGCACGCGAGGCCCUCCGGUCACUCAUAGCUGACUCAUCGGAAUCCUCAAUUCCGUUGGUCAUUGUCAUUGAUGACAUAGACAGACCCACCGGAGUCCGGUUAGGAAAAUUGGAGUACGAGCAAUUAAUCCACAUGGGUGAUCCUGAAUUUGUUCCUGGUGAAAUUGAAGAUGAAUGGGAUCCAAUUGCGUUGAACUACACGUCCGGAACUACCUCAGAACCGAAGGGUGUGGUGUACAGCCACAGAGGCGCCUAUCUUAGCACCCUUAGCCUGAUCCUUGGCUGGGAAAUGGGCACUGAGCCUGUUUACCUUUGGUCCCUGCCUAUGUUCCACUGCAAUGGCUGGACUUUCACUUGGGGGACUGCUGCACGAGGCGGUACCAAUAUUUGUCUACGCAACACCACAGCCUACGAUAUGUACCGAAACAUUUCCCUCCACAAGGUCACACACAUGUGUUGCGCUCCUAUUGUUUUCAACAUCCUCCUCGAGGCCAAACCCCACGAACGUCGUCCAAUUUCCUCCCCUGUCCAGGUGUUCACCGGAGGUGCACCGCCUCCAUCCUCCCUGUUGCAGAAAAUCGAGGCACUCGGAUUCAAAGUCACCCAUGGUUAUGGACUCACCGAGGCCACUGGUCCAGCUCUGGUGUGCGAGUGGCAGGUUAAGUGGAACAAGCUUACGCUGGAUGAUCAGGCGAAACUCAAGGCUCGACAAGGGAUUAGCAUACUAACCCUUGCGGACGUGGACGUGAAAAAUAUUGAUACCAUGAGAAGCGUGCCGCACGACGGCGUGACCAUGGGGGAGAUCGUGCUGCGGGGCAGCGGUAUCAUGAAAGGAUACUUCAAGGAUCAGCAGGCCACAUCAAAGGCAUUCAAGAACGGGUGGUUCUUUACCGGCGAUGUUGGGGUGAUUCAUCCUGAUGGGUACCUGGAAAUCAAGGACAGAUCAAAGGACGUGAUCAUCUCCGGCGGCGAAAACAUCAGCAGCGUGGAGGUAGAGUCCGUUCUGUACAGGCAUCCGAGGGUGUUGGAGGCGGCAGUGGUGGCAAUGCCGCACCCACGGUGGGGAGAAAGCCCCUGUGCUUUCAUCGCGGUAAAACCCAAUCCAGAGGGUAAAAAAGAUGACAUUAAAGAAACAGAUAUAAUUUCUUACUGCCGUAGAAAUCUUCCCCAUUUCAUGGUACCCAAGAAGGUGGCGUUUGUAGAGCAGCUGCCAAAAACUUCCACCGGAAAAAUUCAGAAGUUUCAGUUAAGGACAGAGGCGAAGACUUUCGUCAUCUCUGACGAGAACAUCCCUCAGAAGAAGUCUUCUCAAGUCAAUGUGAAAAUUCCUCAGGCACAUGAGCAGAUUCUUGCUCUCUCUCGUCUUUGAAGUUUUCGUGCAGUUGGUCUCUUUGGACAAUAAAAUGUGUACAGAGCCCCUUUUUUAUUUUAUCGAUUUCUUGUUUAUUUUCUAUAUUACAAUCAGAGCCCUGCAGGCUUUCUGUAUGUCAGAAUUGAGUAAUUGAAAUUAUACGAUAAUGAAAAAGAAAAAUAAUC